GUCUGAGCUCCCGCAGACGUCCCUCAACCCGGCCCCGGUCCUCUCCUUGAAGCCGCCCCAUUAGACCGCUGGCCCUCUCCAUGGUUGACUGGAACUCGCCCACGGAGCUUGCCAAAGAUGCCUUGGUGUUCGAUAAGUUCAUGCACGUCCUGGUCGGGCUUUACUUAUGGGAGUGGUUCACGUCGUUAAACUUCGACUGGGAGUUUAUCUCGGGCAAGAAGCCGUUCCGGUGGCCAAUGAUCUUUUAUUUUGGCGGCCGGUAUGCUCUCGUCUGUGCUCUGAUCGCCAUCUUAAUCGCCCUGGAUAACACAGAGCCAAUAAAUUGCCAGGCGUUGUACAUCUUUGCCCAGCUUGCCGGUAACAUGUCCAUUGGGCUGGCUAGCAUCAAUCUGUCUAUCCGUGUGAUGGCGAUCUAUUCAAUGAACAAAUACGUCGUCGGACCCCUUGUCCUCUUAAUCCUUGGCCACUGGUCACUUCUUCUGCAAGGUGUCAAUGUAAAAGCCGCCUUCAUCCCGGGUUCGGGAUGCGCGAUCACCGAAUCGAACACCACGAUCCUUUCUGCCAUCUUUAUCUACACCAUGUGCUUUGACGCGGUCGUCACCGCGCUCACCGUAUACAGACUCGUAUUCAACGCGCGCAGCCAGAGCUCGAUUGUGAAGCGCAUCUGGCGCGACGGUGUGUUCUACUUCAUCGUUGCUUUGCUGUGCAACAUUCUCGCAACGGUGCUGAUCCUACUCCAGCUUAACGCUGUGAUGAGUGUCAUCAUGGACGUUCCGUCUGCAGUUGCCUCUACGAUCGUCGCCUGCCGCGCAGUCCGCCGGCUGAUCAACUUCACUUCGGGCCCGGAAGUCUACUCGGGCUCAGGCAGCAAUGGUAAUACCUCGGGGAUGGCCUUUGGAGGCGCUGCUCGCUCUGGGGCGCCGCCGGCUGUGUCUGUAGGCAACAAGUCGAGGGUCGGAGGUGUACGCAUUGAGAUGGAGACCUUCACCGAGGCAGAGGAGUAUCCGGUUUCGACGGGCAAGUCCGCGUACGAUCUCGAGUCGCAGCCUCCUCAUGGCAGUGCCAUGUAAGGGGUUCCCAUCGGCGAUAGCCUUCUUUGUAGAUGGGAGGAAGUGCUGAUUUUUAUCCGCUCUUUUAAUAUGGUUAUCUCGUGGGUUUAACCUGAGGUGUACGGUACUCAAAAUGCACUGGGCUCGGGGAGUCUUCAUGGGCCUAUUUGCAAGACGUAUUUAUUGACGCUGUCGAUGAA